UGUUUCAAAUGGAGAUGGACUUUUAUAAGAUUCAGCAAGACAAGAAUCCAUCCUUGAGGUGGAAUUACUCAACACCUGCCUGCAUGAGGAACUGCGUUACACACAGAUCCCAGACGUCACCCGCUCAGAGCUCGGAGGACUGCGGGGACAGCCAGUGGCCCCGGUGAGGGCGCGAGGCAGCACAGAGCGGGGCACCAUGGAGGAGGACAUCAGGAAGAGGGGCAUGCUGUACAUGCAACAGCAGAAGUUUGGGAAGAAAUGGAAAAAGGUGUGGUCACUGGUUUACGGGGACAGCAACUGCUCGGUGUCGCGGAUGGAGCUGUUCGAAUGCAAAGACGACGCCGACAGGUCGCGAUCGGAGCGGAGUCGCACCAAGCGCGAGAGCAGGAGGGUGAUCCGCGUCAGCGACUUCGUGCGCGUGUCGGAAGAAAGGGUGGGGGCGUGUCCGCGAGACUGCGGGGCUUUCCUCGUGGAGACCACCGAGAAGCGCUUCCUGUUCGCCGUCGAGACGUCAGAGCUGGACGACUGGGUCCGGACGCUGUGCGAGAUCGCCUUCCCAGUGAACCGCGGCAGGUCCAAUGCCAACAGCAGCGUAGAGUCCGGGAUGGUGGAUAACUCCCUGUACAUGAGCUCCACAGCUCUGAAAGACUUCGCAGUGACGGUGAGCAGCACAGAGGCGUCAGAGAGGUGCGGCCUGCACGGGGACUACAUCCUCAGGGUGGAUUACGACAGCAUCCGUCUCCGGGACCCCGAUUCGGGGGCUGUCAUCUUCUCCUGGACCUACAGCUGCCUCAGGAAAUUCGGCCUCCACAUGUGGGCUCUGUCGUUUGAGGCGGGGCGCAGGAGCGAAUCGGGAGAGGGCGUCUUCAUGUUCAAGACCAAGCAGAACGAGUGCAUCUUACGGGCCAUCGACGCCGCCAUCGCCUUCCAGAGCAGAGUCGCGGCUCCUGCCACCUGUCCCGUUGCUCCGGGCGACGACGAGUUGUACAGCAGGGUCAACAAGGUCCAGAGGCCCCGCCCCCCUGCGGAGCCGCCCGUGGACGUGCUGCUCGCCGCGGUGGACAGCCUGGCGCUGGACAGCAGAGUCCCGCCAGGCAAGGAGUGGGUCAGGGGCGUGACCAGCCGGCCGCUGCCCACCCCGGAAGGCCUGCCCUUCUCUCUGAUGCCAGGUCCCACCUCUAAGGGGCGGGGCUCGCCGGACGGCGGGUCGGUCAGCGCGACCAUGCAGUAUGCCAUCGCUGGGCCUCCAUUGGUCAGUGCGGCCUCCUCGAGGGAGGGGCAGGAACCCGAGCUGUCACACCCCCUGUAUGACUCAGUCAGUGAACUGGGGGCGGGUCUGGGAAGGCCAGACAGACUGACCCAGCCUGAGCCCAUCUACGACAAGGUGGAGGGCAGAGAAACAGCGGAGAAGUGGCAGUCUGUGUCCCUUUAUGAUGAUGUCAACGAGAUCAGAGGUCAGAAGUGGAUGCUUGGUACAGAUUUGGAUGCAGAUGAGGGUGUGACUGAUCGUUCUGCCCCCAGGCAAUGGCAAGAAGCACCCCCCAGCCUGCGUUAUGAUUACAGCGAGGAAGAGAACCCGUACGACAACGACAUUCCCAAAAUGAGCAAGAGGGGGAGCAGAUAACAGCACAUGCAAAAAAUAAACGGGAAACAAACAGCAGCUUUUUCAGUCUGAUGACACGGAGGCGCAUUGGG